GGAUCGGUAGCCUUCCGUAGAAAUAGAGCUACGGGCAGCCUGCGUUGGGUGUUAUCGAGGGGGACGUUUGCGGAGGAUAGGUGUUGUUUGGGGUAGUUAAAAACUUUAUAUUUCAAUUAGUGAUUACAAAUACCCGCAUCAUCAUCCGUUGGAGCCAGCCUUCAGGCUACUUUUGUCCGAAAACUGGAUUAGUACGACGGUAGAAUGUUGUUUUCAAUCGAUUAGUUGUGGAGGAUCUCGUGAAACUCCUCAAUCGUAGCUCUUACGGCUCUUACAAAGAAAUAAGCUGUAGGUUGUCUGUCAAUAUUUACGGUUAAGUUUCAUGAAUUAUACUGUUUUCUUGCGAAUGUUGCAUCGCUAGAUAACUUACAUGAAGAUGAUAAUACAGGAGCCUGUUCAGGCUGCAAUUUGGCACUGCCUGAACCACUAUGCAUACUCAGAUGCAACGUUCCUGGCAGAAAGGCUGUGUGCUGAAGUACAAUCUGAUGAGUCGGUGCACCUGCUGGCCACCUGCUACUACCGCUCCGGCCGGCCGGGCCAGGCGCACACACUGCUCCACUCGCGCCAGCCGCGGCUGCCGGCCGCCCGCUACCUGCUGGCGCUCUGCUGCUUCGAGCUGGACCGGCUGGCCGAGGCCGAGUCGAUCCUCAGCGGCGGCAGCAUCCUCAAGCCCAAGGGCCACGACGACGUGAGCGGCGAGUUCGGCGACUCGGCCAGCCUGGCGCUGCGGCUGCUGGCGCGCAUCUACAUCCGCACCGAGCGCAAGGCCAAGGCCGCCGAGGCCUGCAAGAAGUCGCUCAAGCUGAACCCGUUCCUGUGGAGCGCGUUCGUGGACCUGUGUAACCUGGGCGAGAGCGUGGACAGUGCCAAGGUGUUCACCACCGCCGGCCUGGACAGCUUCGCCAUGUGCCAGGGCCCGGCUGGCGGCGGCCCCGGCACCGAGCCGGCACCGCAGCAGCACCACGCGCCGGCCCCGCACGGCGUCGGUCACGUGACCAACGUCAACAUCACCAGCACGCCGUACCAGACGCCGGUGACCGCGCUGGGCGGCGGCGCGCUGCCGCCCGGCUGCGGACUCACCGUCUCCAAGGCGACGCCCGACUCGGAGAAGGACGCGGUGCGCGGCAAACAGGCGCUCUUCCGGUCGCAGCUCAACUCGACGGUCGGCUCGCCCUACUCGCCCAGUUUCGGGUUUCUGCCGCUGGACACGCCCAGUCCCGGCGGAGAGUCGCUGCCGCUCGGCCUCCUCAGCUCGUCCCCGGCGCUGACCAACAACGCCGAGACGCACGACACCAAGCCGGGCUUCGGACGGCGGGUGCUGAACCGUAAGGACCGGGCGAUGCUCGGGCUGAGCGGCAGCUCGGUGAAGGAGAACAACAAGGCCAACCGGCUGGUGACGCCCAAGUCGCCCUCCCGCAAGAUCAAGACGCGCUCCUCCAAGACGGCGCUGACCACGCCCAACUUCAACGAGCUGAACGAGAAGAACAGGUCGGAGAGGCAGCUCAAGUCUGAGCCGCGCGGCCGGCCCGGCAGCGAGACCAUCACCAGCGCGGCCGACGCCAAGCCGCUGACGGGCCAGCAGCUGCAGGUGGCCGCGCUCACCAUCCAGCGCGGAUCGGCCGAGGGUCUGAUGAGCCUGCUGCGUGACGUGGGCGCCGCCUACCAGCAGCUGAGCCAGUUCAGCUGCCGGCGCGCCGUCGACCUGCUCUCGGCGCUGCCCGCCCACCAGUUCGACACCGGCUGGGUGCUCUCCAUGCUCGGAAAGGCGCACUUCGAGCUCAACGACUACAAGCAGGCGGUCAGGUACUUCCAGAUGGUGCGUGAGCGCGAGCCGUACCGACUGGAGACGAUGGAGUACUACAGCACGGCGCUGUGGCACCUGCAGCGCGAGGUGGAACUCUCGGCGCUGGCACAGGACCUGCUGGACCACGGCCGACACUCUGCCGAGGUCUGGUGCGCCGCCGGCAACUGCUUCUCGCUACAGAAGGAGCACGAGACGGCCAUUCGGUUCUUCACCCGCGCCGUGCAGGUGACGCCCCAGUUCGCCUACGGGCACACACUGCUGGGCCACGAGUACGUGAUGACCGAGGAGCUGGAGAAGGCGCUCACCUGCUUCCGCAGGGCGGUCAGCAUCGACCCGCGGCACUACAACGCCUGGUACGGCAUCGGCAUGAUCUUCUACAAGCAGGAGCGCUACACGAUGGCCGAGAUGUACUUCAAGAACGCGCUGGACAUUAACCCGCAGAGCUCCGUGCUCAUGUGCCAUGUCGGCGUGGUGCAGCACAACCUGCAGAAGACGGACGCGGCGCUGCUGACGCUCAACAGAGCGAUCGCGCUCGACCCGGCCAACCCGCUGUGCAAGUUCCACCGCGCGUCGGUGUUCCUCAGCUCGGAGCGGCUGCAGGAGGCGCUCGACGAGCUGCUCCAGCUCAAACAGAUGGUGCCCAACGAGAGCCUCGUCUUCUUCCUGCUCGGAAAGGUGCACGAGAAGAUGGGCCACGCGCACCUGGCACGCAUGCACUUCUCGUGGGCGAUGGACCUCGACCCGAAGGGCGCCAACAAUCAGCUGAAGGAGGCCAUCGAGCCGGCCAUCAGCCGGGGGCCGGCCGACGACGACAAAACAGCGGGCGAGGCCGGCGUGCUGGGCGACUCGUCCUUCCUGCCGGCCGACAUGACCGCCACGCCGGAGGCCGCCGAGCCCUUCCAGCCGAUACAGGCCAUGGAGAGCGACGAGAGCUUGUAACGCUCCGGCUCGCCUAGAUAACCAAUUGCCGCCGCCGCCGGCGGGUGUCCCAGGGUGGAGUAGGCAAUAGAGCGGCGGCGCGCGGUGCCUCCCGCCGCCGGCUGCCGGCCAGCGCGUCACUGCCUGCGGGUCGUGUGAGGACGGACGGACGGACGGACGGACGGACGGCGCCCCGCGAGCAGCAAUUAUCAGAUCGGAUGUGAGCCGCACCGAAUAUGACGUCCUUAGCGCUUGGAUAGAGUGAAUGUGGCAGAUAAUUGGUGUCUCUCCCGCGCACAGGCGUGUCGCAUGCGCGGCCGGCGGCCCUCCGGCCGGGACGGUGGGGGCCGCGCUUUCACCGGCUGCUCGUGCCGCGCGCUGUUCAUGGCCCACUCGCAGACUCUGUGUCUGCGGCGCGCGCGCUUCCCUGUGCUCUGUCUAACACCCGGUAGCCUACGUCGCUGUGGCGGCGGGGAGGGCGGCCCGCGGCGCCCGGUCUCCCCCGACGCGGAGAUCGAGACUGUAAUGGGCUGAUGUGUGACGAUUUAAUCACGUACUCCAGCCCGCCUAUUUGUAAGGAGGGUAGUGCUCUGAGUGUUGCGCAACAGUCAUAUCUCAACAUAUACGUGAGCGUAGCCGUGAAGCCUGGAUACAUAAACGGAUGCCGAAGUUA